CAGACUGACACGUAACGUCAUUGGUGGAUGUUGCGAUCAGCGACAAUAACUGGCGAUAACCUGUUUCUCGUUUCUCGUGGUCGUGUCAGGAAAGAGAGGCGAACGUGUAAGUUCGCGUUACAAGAACGUAACGCGACAUGUAAUCGGAUCUUAGAGCCGCUGUUCGCCUGAUAUAUCAUCCGAUAUAUCUUAUCCUUGAUGUAUCCGUGCGCGUGGCGACGCGACUUCGCGAUAAAUCUGUGUGAUGAUCUCGGUGACGGUGACGGCGAGCGAAUCGGGGAAAUCGAAGCCGCGCUUCCGGGACGUCAAUAAGAUCCUGAUUUAUUGACGAAGGCGUAAAGCGUGCGAAAAAGAUGACGGAGAGUUUGAUAAACGAGUGGUUGGCGGAUUGCAAGGACGUCUCGCCGUCCGAGCUUCACACGUUUGCCAACACGCUUUCGCAGGAUAACGAGAUCGUACGAGCGCUCUAUGUACUUUUCGAAGAGCGCACUAAAUACAGCGAGUUGAUGGACACAGUAUGUAAUCAGUUAUAUAAUUUUUAUCGAUCUCGAGAAAUAGAAUUACAAAGGUUCACACUGCAAUUUCUACCAACGCUGAUAUAUAUUUACUUAAAUUCCACGGCACAUGGUGAUAUUAAGAGCUGUCGUUCCCUUGAGACUCUAUUAAUUGGAUUAUAUAAUUUAGAAGUGGUCGAUAAAUCAGGACAACAAAAAGCAAUCUCGUUUAGAUUACCAUCGCUUGCCAUGUUAUCCAUAUACCAUGAGCCUGCAAGUUUAGCACCAGCCUCACUAACAGAAAGCGCAGUGCGUCGUUUUGAAGAGUGUAAUUCAAAACUUGUGAGUUGGGGUCCAUUGCAACAAGUAGAAACAUUGAAUGCACAAAACAGAUUAAAAGUCAUGACAGCUCUGCUUUUUGUCUAUAAUCAACAACUUGGUUAUAUCAAUAAGUUUGCUUUAGAACAAUUGUGCAAGGUUGCAACAAAACUUGUCACUCAAGGCUUUAUGAAACCAGGACAUCAUCAACGCUCUUCAUACGGCAGUGAGUCUAGCUUUGUUCCAAGGCUUUUACCACGUAUACCAGUAUCCAGCCAAUUUCUCUUGGAAUUCUUGCAUGCUGUAUAUUUUGCCAUGUAUAACGAAUGCUGGUAUAUAGGAAAUCAAGCUAUAGAAGAUAUUCAUAAUAGAGCGUGUUAUGAAGCAUAUCCAAAUGUAAUGUUGGUUACCAAUGCUGUACGAAAUUCUGCCAGUUCUGGAGCAUCAGGUCAACCGAGCGAUGGACCAAUUGGAAUUAGCGUUGCAUUAUCUCCGGCAACUGCCACACCAACCGUUUCAAAGUCUAUGAUCACAAAUGCUUCCUUUCGUACUAAGAAAUUACCAGACGAUCUGGAUGAGAAGUUAUUUGCGGUCGAAUUGAGCAAUUGUCAAGUCGAGAAGCAACAACAACCGGCAGUAUCUAGCAGCAACAAACGACGUCCAUGGCAUUGGAAGCACACACUUCCAAGUACGGUCGAUAAGAAGGAUAUGGGCACGGGAAAGGCGCAAUCUUCCUCCUCGGAGGGUUCUAGACGUGGAAGUGUAUGCAGCAGCAAUCAAAGUUCGCCGAUAAAGUCCUCUCCUAAAAAGAGCAAAGAUCAACAAUUAAAGAAAACGACUCUUGACGAUGCCAGUCAGAAAAAUAAAAAAGAUAGUAACGUAAAGUGCGAUACCACUUUUUCCGACGAUAGAUUGGCAGCUAAUGCGCAUCUGUAUAGCGUGUUAGAGGAGCAGGCUCUGGGCGAGAUUAUUCGUGAAUCGGUGGAAAAUGUAUAUACAGAAGGCAACAACAGUAGAUCGAUCAAAUUUUGCGCCACUGCCGCACUAUCAUCAAACAUAUGGUAUUAUCACUUCAGUUACAACACUGUAGGAUGGCAUGACAUACCAAUACAAGUUGUAAAAGAUGAAACUAUUGGAGAAGGUAAAAGUAACCUGGUAUCAAUCACAGAGGAACAAGAAUCAACAAUAGAGCCGAGCCGUAUUGGUUCCAUGAGACAAUCAAAGGAUCAAAAGACUGCUUCAAAGAUUACAAAUUUCCCUGUACUCGGCAAGAAACCUAAAGAGAAAGAGGGGAAGGUAACGAAAAACAUUCACGUUGUUUUGUCGGAAAAGGAGAAGAAGCUCGGUUCCCAAACGACAUCGAAGGAGAACAUUAAAGGAAGUUUAUCAAUGUUGACUAAUGAGCAACAAGCGGAAGUCGACGGAAAUAUUAACGGAUGUGCGAUCCGAAAGAAAAAUAACAGUAUAGAAAACAAUACGAUCAUAAUAGAUUCAAAUCUUGCGUUGAUUGAAAAUGAGAGACUGGCAUCACACUUAAGUAGUGAUGUUACCGAUGGUAGUAUGGAAAAUUCUAUCAAUUUAAGGUCGCAUAACGAAACAGAGUCUAUAGCUUCUUCUAUCCAAGUUAGCUCUGUUUAAUGACGAUAAAAGUCUAUAAGGGAUAUAAAAUGUUAUAUAAAUAGUAAUGGGCUGAAAAAACACAUUAAGUAAAUAAGUCGUUCUCUUCCAACUAGCAAAUCUGAUAAAAUCCAUGUAUAAUGUGUACAUGUUGCCUUUUCCUAGAAUUAUUUAAGAUCACACACACUAUUUUAAUAAUAAUAUAUAUGUGUACAUUACCAUUGCAUUGCAAUAUUUCGAAUAGGAAUCAUAUAUUUUUCUCACGUAGCAAUCUCUUAGUCUCAGUCCAUUACUCUAUUGAUCUCCAUGAUAAAUCUAAAAAAUGGGAGAGGGAACAAUAUGAAUUAAAGAUUUACAUGAUUGUUUAGUGUUUUGUGCAUAUUAGUACAUAUUGACUAAUUUUUGUAAUUAAAAAUUUCUAUAAUUUAUUCGAUAUAUUUUAUAAAUAUACAUCAGAAUAUGUGGUAUUGUAAUCUCCUUAUUCUGAUACAGUUAUCGAGUUUUACUUCUAGAGAUUAUAGAUCAUUAUUAUAAUCCAGAAAACACAAGUAUUAUCACGAUGUAAUGUAAUAUCAAUAUAUAUUUAUGUUUAACCCAGAUGUGCCUUGAUGCACCUGUGAUGAAACUUUCUUUAUCGUCCCAGAUAUGUAGAUAAUAAAUUUGUGAUGAAGGGAAGAGAGGAAGAAUGUCUAAAUAAAAUUGCAAUGUUGCUUAAUUAGUAAGCGCGAUAAAUAUGUAUCUGUACAAAUAUAGAGUAUCAGGCAUAUCUGGGUUGAAUAAUGUAAAUCUACUAUUACUUUUGUCAUAAUUGUUCCAAAAUGAUAUUAAGAAUUCAUGACGAAUCAUUUGUUUUUCAAACAGUUGUAAACAUUUAUAUAUACAGAUGUAUACAUGCACAUAUAUAUAUACAAGAUGCUCCAAAACUCUACGCGAAAUUAACUAGAGAUUGUAGUCUUAUUAAUUUUGUAACCCUACAAAAUUUAUUUUGCGAAUCCUUCUUUUCAAUCAUUUAACUCGGAAAUCAUUGAUACCUCGACAUUUUGGCCACAAACUCAAAGGUUCAUUCGUGGUUUUGAAACAUCUUAUAUAUAUUAUAUAUAUGUAAUUGUUGGAAAUAAUUAUGCGAAACUUGAAUAUAAGAGACUUUAUUCUCACGUGAAACUUGAUUCACGUUGAAAACGAUCAACUAGUCGGGAAAAUGCUAUUUGUGUAUAAAAAAUUGGGAAUAGAAUAGCAGAGAAGUGUUUUUCAACGAAUUUAAAAUUCGAUUUUGUGUCAUAUUUUAUUACAUGUCUCACGAUUUAUAUUUAAACUCCAGAAUGCGCUCGAUCAGGUUGCAAUCAAAUCGUUAUAAUCAACUUUCUAAAUUUUUCAGCUCAAUACAUUCAGCGACAUAGAAAUUAUGAAAAAGAAUAACGAAAAAGAGCCAUGAUCUCCGGAGAGAUGCAAUAUAUAUAGUUUUAGAAUUUCCAUUUUGCAUGUAUAUCUUCUUGCAAUGUACAGAUGUACAGAUGUACAAAUAUAUAUACAAAGUUGAUGAACAGACAAAAGAUACAUCACACACAUUGUUCAUUAAUCAAUUUCUUUUCUUAUAAUUUUGGAAAAGUCGAUUCCAUGUUUGUCAAAGGAUACAAUGUUCAAUUCCCAAUUCUUUAUGUUCAUUCUGAGUGCACACAAAGUUGUAUUAAUCUAUAUUAAUGUGUAAAUAUAUAUAAUUAAAAAAGUAUUAACUGUAUAGAGAGAAUGGAGAGAAGAAAAAGUUUAACUCAAAUAUAAAGAACCAUAUGUCGUGAACUGCAUUUGUUAAAAUAAGUCGGUUAACUAUUCCAAACUGUAAAACAAUAUAUUAUGAGAAUAGGGCACAUUGGAAUCAAUACGAUGUUUAAUUCACUGAUUAAUUUAAUUUCCUUAUGGCCUAUAUUGUAUUAAUUAAAGUGUAACAUAGAUUAUAAAAAUACAUUGAAGUUAUCCGAAAAAGGGUUGAUGGUAACAAUGAUAAAUAGAAAUACUAUUACUUUA